AUGAAAAUUAGCAGACUAAUUCUACUUCUUAAACUAAUUUAACUUUGUUAUUGUUCUAUUGAGCAAAUGACUUAACAAAAUCCCACUACUAAAAAAUAAAUUAAUCUCUUAUCUAAUAAAUUUUACGGAAUGAUGAGCUAUUAUUCUCCAAUGUCAUUAUAAACUAUUUUUAUAGAGCACUUUGUUGAAUUGGUCGAUUAGCAAUUUCUAUUCUCCGCAAAUUUUGAUAUGGAGAUAUCAAUAAUUGCAACUUGUAAACUUAAUCUCUAAAAGAAAGAAAUUACUCAUACAUUAAUAUUAGUUUAAUAGCAAACAAUAUAAACAUAAUCUUUUGUUGUUUCAUUUGAUCCUCUCUUUUAUGAAGGAUAACUUAUUUGUACUGCUUUUUCUUAUGAUGCUAAUCAAUAAUAACUUCUAUUUAUUAUUUAGACUAAAAAUGAUAAUCAAGAUAAAAUUUUCAAAUAAAUUUAAUUAGAACCCAAAAAUGUUUAGUUUGUAUUUGGUGGCGUAAAAUAAAAUUUAAAACUUAAUAGUUUUUAAGGGCAAUUAUUUCCUAUAUUCGAUGAAACAUAAAUAAAUAUUUUUUUCUAUUUGAACAAUCUCAUCACCGUUGGUGUAUGUUCUAAUUAUUAGGAUACUUAUAUUUUUAAUUCAAAAGAAUACGGUUAAGAAAAUAAUUGGCAAAUAACAAUGCCUUCUUUAGUUGUCAAAGAUUAUUCAAUUUACUUCUGGCAUAAAUUUACAACUCUUAUUUAAUUUAUCAAUAAAAUAUAUUUGAUACACAUUGAUACUUAAAAUGAGUAUAAUCCAUAAUAUUCUUUGGGAACCAAUACAUUAAUGAUUACCUAUGAAUUUUAGGAAAAUAAUAAGAUUAUGGUUGCUAUUAAAUAUUAUUCAUAUGAAUUUCCAUAUAUCUUUUAUAAUAAAGAAUAUAUUUAAUCAUAAAUAAGAGAAUAUAAAAUUUAAGAGAUAGAUCUUGAUCUAAUUUAUUAAUGGCAUUAUGUAAUAAUACAAUAUUAAUAAAAUAUAUUGUACAUAAAAAUUUAUUAUCCAGAUUAAUAAAAAUAUGUUGAGUUUAAGGAUGAAAUUGUAAGAUAAUUUUCAUAUUCAUAAUUUUUAUUAACAUUUGGAGAGAGUUUAAAUUUGAAUUAAAAUGAAGGAAUAGUUAAUUAAUUUAAAUUUAAAUUUUGUCAUGAAGAUUUUUUAGAUAAUUAUUAAUGCCAUUUCUCCUGUGCUACUUGUAAUGGACCCUUAUAAAAUAAUUGUUUAAGUUGUCCUUUAAAUUCAUAUAGGAUUUAUGAUUUUGAAAAUCAUACUUGCAUUUGUGAACUAUGGACAAUAGAGUAAAAUGAAUAAAAAUGUUUCUCUAUUUAAGAUGUAAGUUAAAUGACAGUAGAAUACAUUGAAAAUAUUGGAAAUUAAAUACUCUCUAAUUUUGAUUAAAUUGAACCUACUAUUAUUUGUGCAUUUGGAUAUUUUUUAUUUGAAGAUGAUUGUUAUUAAUGGUAUUUAUGUUAUUUUUCUAUAAAAUAGCCCAUCUUCCUCUAAAUAUGUAGAUUUAAUUUGUCUAGAGUGUCUUGACGAUUGGUAAAACUGGAUUUAAAAUUCUAUUUGUCAGAAUUAUGUAUAAAUAAAAGUUUAUUUGGAUUAUGAAAAAUUUUAAGGUAAAUACUUUAUUGAAUAUACUUCAAUUCCAUCCUUAUAUUUAUUUGUAGAUCAUGAAUUAAAAUUAUGUAAUAAUUGUUUGGAAUUUUGUCUUCAUUCUUCUAUUUCAGAUUAUUGUAAUUUAAUAAAGGAUUAACAUUUGGGUAAAGAUACUUAUGUUGAAUGUAGUUUUGGUUAUGAUAGUAAAACUUAAACUUGUUUAAAUGUAAUUUAUGAUUCAAAUAAUCGUAAAUGUUCUGGAUAUACUUGUAACAAAUAGUGCAAUUGUUGCAGUGUUGAAAAUUAUUGCAUUUAAUGUAUUAAUGAAAAUGAUCUAUUACUCUUAAAUAAUAAAGAUUGUCUUUAAUGCAAUAUAAAAAAUUGUAAGUUUUGCUUUCAAUAUUUUAAAUAAUCUGAUGGAAUUGUGACUUCUACACUUUUCUAUUAGAAUUAUUAAUCUAUUAUAUUAGAUGAAGAUUAUUUAAUUGGAUGUGCUUUAUGCGAGGAUAAUUAUUACUACAAUUUUGUUUUAAACAUUUGUGAAUUUAAAAAAUUACAAAUUUCUGAAUCUUGUAAUAAUUAUUUUAUUGAUUAAUUUAAUCAACCAAUAUGUUUAACUACUAAAACUUAGAAUUUCAAUGAAGGAAUUGAAAUUUCAGAUUGCUCUUAAUUAUUGAAAUCAUGUUAGAAGUGUGUUAAAUCACUUUUUAAUAAAAUGUUUUGUACUCAAUGUUUUUAUGGUUACUUUUAGAAUUCUAAUGGAUAUUGCGAGCCUUGUGAUAAAGAAUUUAAAGAAUGUAAAAUACAAUAUCUUAAUCAGUAUGAUAUAAUUAUUUAUAAAUUAUAACCUUUUCUCUUAGCAAUAUCUUAUGGAUAAUUAAUCUUUUAUCCUUCUACUAAUCUAUUUAAUAAUUUAAUUGGAAUCUGCUAACAAAAUAAUGAAUGGAAUAAUAAUUGUUUUGAAAGACAAAAUAUACCUUAUUGCAAGAAAUAUUAUAAUAGAGUUUGCAUUGAAUGCAUCUCAAAUCCAACAUAAGUCAUCACUUUAUAUAAAGGAUAAUGCUAUUUAUGUUCUUAUUAAUGUAAAAUAUGUCUUCCAUCUUUACAAAAUCCUUCAUAAAUUAAAUGUUUUGGCACUGAUUUUCAAACUAAUUAUAUUGAUCAGCUUUCAAAUAGAGUUAAAAUCAAAAGGUAAAAUCAUGUGAAAUAUUCUUCAGAGUUGACUGUUAAUGAAUUAAUUUGGAAAGAUCAAUAUUCAGAAAUCUUUAAUCAAUAAAUAUUUUAAAGAAUCAAUUUUAUUAAUCUUCUAAAUGGUUAAUUUGAAUAUUAUUUUUAUAAGAGAUAAACAUAAAAUAUUACGGAAUCUUAUGAAAAAUAAAUUAUAUAAUCAAUAACAGUAUAUUAAGAUAAUAACUAAUUAUCUAAUUUUAACUCUUUAACUUUUAUUGAUUAUCAAAUUAUUAAUUUAAAUAAUAUUACUAUUUAAAUUUAUGAUUUAAACAAAGAUAAUAUAAUUUAAGCUGAUUCAUAAUACGGAGUUCAUAUCCAAAUUAAUAAUCUUUUAGUGAGAUAAAAGCUUUAUUUAAAUCUUUAAAAAUACAUAUUUCUUUUUCAUAAUAUCACUAGUCUAUCUAUCAAUAAUCUAACACUUAUCAAUAUUCAUUUACAAAAUUUUCAUCUAUUUAAAUUUUCUAUUUUUAAUUAAACUACUAGAAUUAAAAUUCAUUUACAAAAUAUUAGACUUUUAGAUUGUUAAUUAAUAAAUUCAAGCAUAUUUUCAUUAAAUUAAUUAGAAGGUAUAUUUGAUUAGAACACAAUAAAUUUUGAAUAAAUUGUAUUUUAGAAUUGCAAUUUUUUUAAUUCAUUUUUUAUACUAUUCUCCGAAAAUCAACAAUGUUAUUAUUUAUAAUCUUUGUAUAUUGAUGGUUUAAGUAUUUAAGAAAGUGAUUUUAAUUCAAGUUAAUUAUUAUCUAAUUAUUCAGCAACAUAAACUACCUUAUCAUUAAUAAUUUUUAAUACAUCUCAGCUUAUUAAUUCAAAUUUCUUUGUGGCAGAUCUUUAAUUUAAAAUUUAAAAUGCCUCAAUCAUAAAUACAAUAAUAAAAAACAGUUUAAUUAUUUAUUUUAAAUACUAAAUUUUAUUGAAUUAUUAGAAAGAAUUUUUCAUUAUAAAUGGAUUAUUUUUAUCUUUUUUAACUACAGAUUCAUCCUUCAUUAGUCUAUCUUCAAACUUAAUUAGUUUAGUUAAUAUUUAAAAUGUUGAAAUAAGAAAUUUAAAAAGUUUUAAAGAAAAAACGAAAAAUUAAGUAAAUCUUUUUAUGAUUCAAGCAGAUUUUUUAAUUAUUAAAAAUUAUUUUAGUUAUGAUUUUAACUCUAAUCUAAUUUAAAUUAAUAUUCUAAAUACUAAUAUGAUAGAAUUAACUAACUUUUUAGUAUAAGGAGAGAAAAUUAAUCAUAGAAUCAAUCAUGAAAUAGAGUUUUCUAUUUGUCCAUUAGAAUAGUAAUUUUUAAAUGUUUAUAAUUUCACUAAGAUUACAAUUUAAGACUUUAAAAUUUCAAAUUUAACAAUUUGUAAUAAUAACUUUAUAAAAAUAGCAGAUAUUCAAAAUUUAGCAAUUCUCAAUAUAGAGCAUCUAAUUUUAAAAGAUAUUUUACUUUUAUAACUCUAGGGCACUUCAUAAACAUCCAUUAUUUCUAUAUCAAUUACAAAAUAGUCAUAAAUUUACUUUAAUUCAUUUAUAAUUCAUGAUUUAUAUGGAAAUAAUUAUGAAAAAUUAAGGAAAACAUUUGAAUAAUUGACAAUUAUUAGUGUAUAUGGACCUUAAAGCAGUAUAAAAAUUUCAAAUAGCUAUUUGAAAAGUAAUAUUUUAACAAAUAGUACUAAUGCUUUAAUUUAUUUAGAACUGUAUUCUAUAUUAAUCUAAAAUUUUACUAACAUUGAAUCAAACUACUUUACAAAUUCAAUAUAUAAUUAUUUAAAAGAAGAAUAUGUAGGAAUUUCGAUUUAAGCAAUUUAAUAAUUGUUUCCAAUUAAAUCAGAAGGAAGUGUUUUUAAUAUUCACUCUUAGAAAUUAGAAUUAUUUAAUAUUGUAACAAAUAAUUCUGUUGCUUUAUAAGGUGGGUUUUGUAAGAUUGAAUUUAUUUUAGACAGCGAAUUAUAUGUUUAAAAUGCAAAUAUUCUAAACAGUAAAUCACUUUAAGAUUAGGAAAGUAAAGGCGGAUCAUUUUAUGUAGAUGCAAAAGAUACAAAUUUAAUUAUAAAAUUUAUAAAUCUAACAGUUUCAAAUUCAUAUUCUUUAUAUGAUGGAGGCUUUUUAUUUUUAAUUCCUUCUGAUAGUUCUAAUAAAUUGAUUCUAGAAAAUGUAAAAGCAAAGGGUGUUUUUUCAAUUUUUAGAGGAUUUAUUAGUGCAGAUUUUUCAUUUCAAACUAAUUAAAAUUUAGUAAUUCUAAACAAUAUUGACAUUUAAUUAGAAUAUGACCAAAUUGAAGACAUGACAAAAAAUUAUAAUGAUUUAAAAGAUAAUUAAUUAGAUUAUGUUAAAAUAAAAAAUGGAUAUUUUUAUUUCAAUUAUUGGUAUGUUAUAUGUUAUAAUUUUAGCCAAAUGUAACUAAGUAACAUAAAUAUACAAUUUGAAAUUGUGACCUAACCAAUCUUUUAUUUUACUAAUAUGCAAAAUCUAAACUUAAUGAAUUUCUAUUUAGAAGUUGGAGAAUAAACAAGUAAUACAAUUAUAGAAUUUGAAUCAAUUAAAAGUAUAAAAUGAGUAAUUAUAAAGAUUCUUAAAAUAAAAGUUUAAUACUUUAAUCCUUUUAGGCUAAACAAGUUUAAGUUGUAAUACCUGUUAUUUUUUACCUAAAACAAUGCACUACUAUUUAUCUUUAUGAAUUAAUCUAUCUUAAAAGUUCAAGUAUAAAAUAAAUUGCUAUUAAAACUAAUAAUUGCCUAUUAAAUUAACUAUCAAGAGUAUACUAGAAUGUUGAAAGCAUUAUAUAAUUCAAAUUCUUAGAACAUUUUAAAAAUUUUAGACUCUCAAAUUGUUUAAUCCUAAAUUUCCAAAAAAAUUAAUUUUAAAUUGCUUUAAUAGAUAUUUAUUACUAAACUAAAGUAAAAUCUAAAAUUGAAUUUUUAUAUAUUUUAAAUAAUAAAUGCACAUUUUCAACUUGUCUAUAAAUUCGAUCUCACUAUUAGUAAUAAACACAGGAUGUAAUAUUAAAAUAGAUUUACAUGUUAUAUAAUAAUAAUUCAUCAUAUGGACAGCUAAAUCUUAAAAAUAUAAGUUAUUUGAUAAAAUAAUCAUAUUUUAUAAAUAAUAUGGCAACGAAAACAGCUGGUGCUAUUUAUUUAUAGAAUAGUCCUUUAAAAAUUAAAAAAUCAUAUUUCAUAAAUAAUACUGCUCCUAAUUUUGGAGCUAUAUACUGUUCAAAUAUAAAAAAUAAAGAUAGAGAAGACUUAAUUUCAAGUUCAAUUUUUUUGAAUAAUCUGGCUGUUUAAGAUAUAAACUCAUUCGGAAUAGAAUUUUAUUCAAUAAGUCUAAUGAAACCUGCUGAAGAAUAUUAAAUAAUUUCAAAUUACUAAAAAGCAUUGAAAUUUAAGAACUAACUUAAUCCUGAAUUAUAUGUUCUUUACAUACCAAGUGGAUAAGUUAUAAAAAAUUAUUAAAUUUUUGAUAUGAAUACUCUAAGAUAUUCAAAUUAAGAAUUAAGUUUAAAAUUUAAACUUUUAAAUUAUUUUAAAGAAAAUUAAAUCAUAGAUAAUUAUUAGAUAAAAUGCAAUGUAACAAGUAAUUUAAUAGAUAAGGAUUUAAAUAUUUUAUAAGAAAAUAUAUCAAAGUUCAAUGCAGAAUUUAAUAUAGAGGAUAGCGAAUUAAAUUUAGAGAACUAAAUAUUUAUAUUAAAUCCUUAUUCUGAUAAUUUUUUAGAAAUUCAAAUAUAAUGUGAUAAUAUAGAGAAUAAUUAAGUUUAUGAAUUUCUUGCAAAAUCUUUUAAAUGUUAAAUGGGAGAGUUUUUUUAUGAGAAUUAAUGUAUAAAAUGUAAUGCAUCUCGAGGAUAUUAUAGUGUUAAUCCUUUAAAUGGUGAAUGUAUAAAAGCAAAUCCAGAUUUUAUAAAAAAUCAUACAGAAAAUUUAUUAAAUCUUAAUGAAGGAUUUUGGAGAUUAGAUAUAUUAACAUAAAUUGGUGAAUAUUGUUCUAAUAAUCCAUCUAAUUGUUUAGGAGGAUGGGGUACUGGAGAUGUAACCUGUAUAAAUGGUCAUUUAGGAGCUUUAUGUGAAGCUUGUGAUAUUUAUAAUAUUAGAGGUGAAGGCAAAUAUUCAAAAAGUAGAAACUAUAAAUGUUCAAUUUGUAAAGAUUAUGGUUUCUUAAUUGUUGAGUUCUUAUUUGCUUUUAUAUGGGCUUUUUUAUAAAUUGUUUUGGCUGUUAAAAGUACGCAAUUACAAAAUCAAAAGUUUCUUUUAUCUAAAUCUUAAACAAAAUUUUAUGAUAUUUUAGUUAGACUUUCAUAAGAUUAAUCUAGUUCAGUCAUUAAACUAAUAAGUAAUUAUUUUCAGAUAAUUAUGAUAAUCUAUACCUUUAAAGUUUAAUUUAUAUCAAAUUUAGAUAGUUUAUUUUAAUUUGUUGGUAAUUCAACUUACUCAACUACUUAUAAUUUUGAUUGCUAUAUAUCAUAGAUUUAGUAAUUAGACAUUAUAUAUCUGAAUUUGAUUUUUAUCUUAUAAGUUCAAUUUUUGUAAUACGUCUUGUAUCUUUUAUUGUCAUUUUUUAUUAAAUUAUCAAGACCUAGAUUUUUCUCUUUAGAAACUAUUUAUUCAUCAUUCUUUUACUUAUAUUUAUCAGGCCAAAUUAAUUUAAUAUACCUGUAAAAUUUAAUAUUAUAAUUAGAUUAGCUUAAUUAAUAACUCCAAAAACAUUUAGUGAUGUUUAAUGGAUCUCAGCAAAUCUUUCAUAUCGUUAUUGGACAGAAAAUCAUUAGAAAAUACUCUAUGCUCUCAUUUUACCUUUAUUAAUUGUUUUUGGAAUAUUAAUACCUUUGUUUUUAUUCUUAAAGUUAUAUAGUAAUAAAUUUAAUCUAAGUAAUUACAAAAUUAAAUAAAAAUAUGGUUAUUUAUUUAAUGAAUAUUCAAAAACACAUUUUUAUUGGGAAUCAAUUAAAUUGAUGUACAGAUAAUUAUUGAUUCUUAUCAUAGUUUUAUUAUAAGAUUAUAUUGUAAUAAAAGGAACAAUGUUAAUUGGAUUACUUUAUGCCUACUAAAUUAUUUUUGCCUUUAGUAAACCAUAUAAUGUUGGUAAACUCAACAAAUUUGAAUUAUCAUCAAUUUAAAUUUGCAUGUUGUCUUUUCUUUUGUGCAUUUUACAAUAUUAAAUCUAAGAAUUUUCUGAAUCGCUAAAUAUUAUUUGUUAAAUUUUGAUUCUAAUGACAUUAAUAAUUUUAGUUACAAAAUCAUUAUUCAAAUUUAUUUAAGUAUGUAGCUCAAAAUAUGAAUCAAUUAUUGAUUAUAUUAAAAAUGGAAUUGUUAAAUGCUUACAUUUAUAAAAAUUGUAAGAUUCUAAAUUCUUUGAAUUAAGCAGCAAAAGAAAAGCAAGAGUUUUAUAACAUUUUAAGAUAAUCAAAUAAAAUGUACUUAGAAGAUCUAUAUCAAACCCUAAUAUUUAAUAAACCUAACAUAUUGAAAUCAUAUUAUGUUCUAGUAUAUCAUCACCAUCUUAAAAAUAAAUAACUCCUGGAAGAAGAUUUGUGUGA